UAGUUUAUGUAACGUUGGAUGCUUUCAGGGUUAUCGAAAAAGGAAGAAGAGAUGGAAAUGGCGACCCCUCCCCCUCAGGGUAGCUUCAAUGAUAGUCACAUUUCUCACAAAAAUAACCAAAAUGGCAUCGUGCAAUCCCUCCUCACGGACCUGUACCAGGUCACCAUGGCUUACGCCUACUGGAAGAGCGAAAAGAGACACGAGAUCGCAGUUUUCGAUCUCUUUUUCCGGAAGAAUCCGUUCAAGGGAGAGUUCACACUUUUCGCAGGUCUGGAGGAAUGUCUGAAAUACCUGCAGAACUUUAGAUUCUCCGAGUCGGAUAUCAACUACCUGCGGACCAUCCUGCCCCCGUCUGUAGAGGAGGAGUUUUACGACUACCUCGGGUCGCUGGAUGCCUCGGAGGUGAGCCUGUACGCGGUGCCGGAGGGGACCGUGGUGUUCCCGCGCGUGCCGCUCAUCACGGUGGAGGGCCCGCUGCCCGUGGUACAGCUGAUGGAGACAACACUUCUCAACUUAAUCAACUAUGCAAGUCUUGUAGCAACCAACGCAGCCAGAUUUCGGAUGGCUGCGGGAAACAAGCAGCUUCUGGAGUUUGGUUUGAGGCGAGCGCAGGGGCCAGACGGAGCACUGUCAGCCUCAAGAUACUGCUACAUUGGGGGCUUUGACGGCACCAGCAACGUUCUGGCGGGAAAGAUGUUCGACAUUCCGGUGCGAGGAACCCACGCGCACGCCUUCGUCACCUCCUACGUAGGUCUGCAGGAUCUGAAGAACAGGCUGCUGACACCAUUAGACGGAGAUUCUCCCACAGAUUUUGUCUCCGCUUGUCUGGAGUUGCGUGAAGAGGUUUGCAAGACACUGGACGUUCUCCACGAGGAGACAAAGGAAAGCGAACUCACAGCCUUCAUAGCGUACGCCACGGCUUUCCCCAAGGGAUUUCUGGCCUUGGUGGACACAUAUGAUGUCUUAAGGAGUGGCGUCCCUAAUUUCUGCACAGUAGCGUUGGCCCUGCACAGACUGGGCUACAGGGCCAUUGGCAUCAGACUGGACAGUGGGGACCUGGCCUACCUCUCCAAAGCGGUCAGACAACACUUUAGGAAAAUCGCUGACCGGUUUGAAGUCCCAUCCAUGGCAAACUUCACCAUUGUAGCCAGCAACGACAUCAACGAGGACACCCUGCACUCUCUUAACCAGCAGGGCCAUGAGAUUGACUCCUUUGGUAUCGGUACACACCUGGUGACGUGUCAGCGACAGCCAGCUCUGGGCUGUGUCUUUAAGGACUCUGAAUCUCCCACUCUCUACUGGGUCUUUCAGCUUGUGGAAGUAAAUAAACAGGCCCGGAUCAAGCUGAGCCAGGAUAUGGACAAGGUGACUCUGCCUGGCAAGAAGAACAUCUACAGACUCUACUCGCAUGAGGGCCAUGCUCUGAUUGACCUGAUGCAGCGCCCCCACGAGCAGCCGCCCGACAACGAGAGGAGGGUUCUCUGUAGACACCCGUUCGAGGAGUCCAAGCGAGCAUACGUGUCACCCGGGACAGUCCAACUAUUGCAGAAGCUAUACUGGACUAAGGGAGAGAUUCAGGAGUACUUGCCAUCGUUGAAAGAGAUCAGGGAGAGGGCAAUACAGUCCCUGGCCACACUUAGGGAGGACCACAAGAGAGCACUCAACCCAACUCCAUAUAAGGUGGCAGUGAGUGCAGACCUGUACCAGUUCUUACAUGACAUGUGGUUGGACAAUGCUCCCAUUGGUGAGCUGUCUUAACCAAUCACGGAGCAGUAUAUGUCUGGUGAAGCCAGCCAAUCCAGUGGAAACACAGACUUACUAAGGAUAAUGCCAGUAAAGUUUGUCCUAAGAAAUAUGAAAUUAUCUGUAAAAUGAAUAGCAAUAUAUUUUAGGACAAGGUGAGAAAGAAAAAUUGGUGUAAUUUUAAGCUUUUUCAUGGUGUCACAUGCACAUGAUCUAUUGCAAUAUUUGGCAUGCAAAGUUUAUUUAAUAGAUUUGCUGGCUUUAACUGAAAAAUACAGUUGAGAACCCCCCAUUUAUGAAAGUGCAAUGUUCCCAUAUCAACUUCUGCCUACAGAGAUUGUACUGUAGUUUGGAUGAGUCCAUAUCAGAAAAGGGGUGAAUCGAGGUUAUCCCUGGCAAUUUGUUUAACAUAAAUGCAAAAACUGUGCUUCAUGGCUGAAUCACAAGUAGUGUAUGUAGAUGAUAUUUUUAGUGUGAGUUUUUUGUGAUCACAUUCUUGUGGUUACAUCAAAUAACCAGAAGUGAAAAUCAUGACGAUACUAAUUGUACAUUUAUUGUAUAUUGAAUAUAGACUUAAAAGUAAUAAGCAAAGGUUACUUCUUGGAGUGACACAAUGAUGAUCAUAUGAUAUGAUACUUUUACCUGUUGAGCUGGUAGGCUCGAUUUCAUAAAUUUUCAGUCCUUUUUGGUUACUUUAUCAGUAAAUCUGAAAAGUACAAAUGAAUCCAAUCUGUUGGAAACAAGCUGUGGUCAUGUGGUUUAGUAAUAACAAUUUUGAACCACAAGGUCAUUGAUUGAAGGUCAUUCAGCCAAUCUUUAAGCACUCUGGACGAUGACUUACAUGCUGCUGGAAGGAGUUUCCAUCUUUCUGAGGCCGGGGACACCAAGCCGUCACUCCCAUAUAUCUAAAAAGAGCCGUAUAUUAAAAAACCCACUACAUUAAAGGCCAUGUUGAUAUGUUGAUUGAUUACUGUAAAUGCAUUUAAGUUCGCGGGGAUUUAAUUUUGCGGUACCGGGUAGUGGGAAAAGGGACUUUUCGCAGUGGUUUAAAGUUCGUGGUAGCACCGUGCACUUUAGUCUCUUAAUGCCAUGGAAAAAUGUUCCCGGUAGUUUUAAAUUCACGGUGAAGCGGUCACCGCAAAAACCGCAAACAUUAAACCACCGCGAAAGUUUCUGCAUUUACAGUAUAUGGAUGACAUCCACACAUGCCUCAAUUUUCAGCUGCCAAAAAGGUUUCAACCCCAAGUCAUAAAUAGCUGCUGCAAAGUUAGCAAAUAUGUGCCGACAAUUGCAAAACAUAAAUAUCAGAAACAGAUAAUGUCAUAGAAUACCAUCGUCAGAGAGGAAUAUGUACAAGAACAAAAAUGAAUCCAUUGUUCGAUAUGCCAUAUUCUGUGUGUUCAGUCAUUUGUUCAAUCUUCCUGACCACUUCCAUUUCAUUAUGAAGGAAACUACUGUAAAUGCGUUUAAGUUCGCGGAGAUUUAAUUUCGCGGUAGCGGUAAAAUGGACUUUUCAUGGUGGAUUUGAUUUCGCGGUAGCACCAUGCAUUGUAGUCUCUUACUGUUAUGGAAAAAUGUUCGCGGUGGUUUUAAAUUCGCAGUGAAGUGGCUGCCGCAAAAACCUCGAACAUUAAUCCACCGCGAAAGUUUCUGCAUUUACAUAUCUUUUUUUAUUCUCACUCUUACAUCAGUUUUGGAGGUCCUUGAGGAUGUCAUCCAUAUGAUCAAAUCAACAUGGCCUUUUUAAUGACAAAAGUAGAAUGUAUAAUUGGAAUCAUGUGUAAAUCACUUUCACAUCUUGUACUUAAAAAGAGUACAGAGAAUGGUGCGGUCGUUCACUGGUUAUUUUGAAUCUGGUCUUGAUUGAGGAAUGGAAUUGAAUGUGCAACAGUCUACACAUCCAAUAAAGAAAAACGGUGAUGCA